AUGGAGAUAGCCCAGGUGAAGAAGCCCCGGCCCCAGGAACAAACCUACGAGGUGAGGAGGCUACCUCCCUCUCCGUGACCCGGAAGGCUUCAGGCACCUGGCCUUGGACAGUAUGCAGUGAGAGGCCACCCUUAAACAUUUUGUCCAAAUUUUUGCACUCUUACCAGAGCGAUAGUUUGGCGUUGAUCUAAGACAACCCCCAAAAUUAGUUAAAAUGUUUAUCUAAGACAACCCCCCCUGAUAAACACACACAAAACCCCGAAAACACCCCAAACACACACACACUGAUAAACACACACCACACCACCACCCCACACACUGUAAAACACACAAAACAACACAACCACUUAAAACACCCCACACACAAAAAACACACCCCUAUAAACAAACACACCCCUCACCACACCUAUAAAACACACAACCCACCCCUUUAAAACCCCCCACACCUAUAACACACAACCCACAAAAAUAUAAACAACCCCCCAAAACACAAAACCCCCCAAAAACACUUAUAAACACACCCACCCAAAAAACCCCCACCCCCACCCCCCAAAACCCACAAAAAACCCCAAACCCCACUGUAAACACCACAACCCCCCCCCCCCAAUUAAACACAAACACCAAACCCCCACACUAUAAAACACACACACACAACACACAAACACCCACAAACCCCCCCUAUAAAACUCCCACCCACCAUAUAAAACACCACACCCACACAUUAUAAACAACACCCCAAAAAACCCAAAACUGAUAAACACACACACAUACCCACACACUGAUAAACACCCAGAAACACCUGCACUUCACCAAACCCUUGUAAAGAUACACAGGCUACAUGUGGUGGAUACCAAAGUUCUUUCUCAGGUUCCCGUCACACUCUUCUCUCAGUGACUGCAAUACCAGUACUAUCCACUAUGUGAUGCCAUGAUUCCUCAGUCCAUAUUUGUGGCUUGACAUCUUUCUACUAGAAGUAAUAUACGUGAAUGGGCUCCAACAUGAUAGCUACAUGUUGAUAUUUAUGACGGUUACUAAUAAUCAAACUGAUCUCUUCAGUCGCUAAAUGUAAUUUGUCCAUCUUUUCAGAUCAAUGUACUUCAGGCUAAGAAGAAGUUUGAGAUCCUUGAUAGCAGAGUGAGAUGGGGUACCGAAAAAGUAGAAGCAAGAUGCACCGAGAGCCUCUGAUGCGGGCUUAACUCUACUUUAACUCGUUAGAAGCCGACUAUAAUAGUUUCUAUGAUCUUGUCCUCUCUCUCUCACUCCGUCUCGUAUCCUCUUCUCUCUCUCUCUCUCUCUCUUCUCUCUUUCUCUCUUCUCUCUCUCUCUAUCUCCUUAUCUCUCUCUCUCUCUUUCAUCUCCUCUUCAUCCUCUCUCUCUCUCUCUUCCCCCUUCUCUCUCUCUCUCUCACAUCUGCUCUGUCUCUCAAUGGUCGUUCAUGCGUGCCCAGUACACCUUGUUUCAACAGGGCUAUAACAUAUUGGAUGAGAUUGAUCCCUACAUGAAGAAACUAGCUGCAGAGGUGAGAGAGAGGCACCUCACAAACACUGACCACAGAUCUUACACCUGUUGGCCUCGGGCCUCUCCCCAUACACCUGCUCCCCAAGUCAGGCUGACAGAGGCCUCGCUAGUACAAACACUAGUAAUAAGGAGGGUUUGGUUUGAUUAUAGACCCAGUCACAGAGUAGGAAAACAAGGUGCCCCAGAGAGAGAUUGGCCUCUAUUGUAUCUGGCAUUAAUCCCACAGGACCAACUGCCAAAUGAAGGAACUCCUAAACCCAGACUGGGAACACACAGACUAGGCCACGUGUGUGUUCUCUCUAACUGUGUUGUGUUGAUCCAAUCUGCAGCUGGAUCAGCUGGUCAUAGACUCAGCCAUGGAGAAGAGAGACCUGGAACACAAACAUGCUACCAUACAACAGAGGGUGAGGAACCACACACACACACACACACACACACACACACACAGACACAACAGAGGGUGACGAACUAUACACACACACAACACAGGGUGAGGAACCACACACCUCUCCUCCCUCAAAUCUCUCUUCCUUCUCAUCCCUCACUACUAUCAUUUCCUGUUCCCAAACUUUCUCUUCCGUUCCUCUGUCAUUGUCUGUUCCCAACCGACCGUAUUUUCUGGUCAUUUCCUGUUCCCAACCCUCUCCUUCUCUAUUCAGUCCUGUUCCCAAAACCUCUCCUUCUUCUGUCAUUUUCCGUUCCCUAACAUUCUCCUCUCUUGUUUCAUUUUCUGGUUUUCCCAAACCUCUCCUUCUCUAUUCAGUUUUUCCUGUUCCCCCACCAAAUACCUCUCCUUCUCUGUCAUUUCCUGUUCCCAACCUCUCCUUCUCUAUCAUUCCUGUUCCCAACCUCUCCUUCUCUAUCAUUUCUGUUCCCAACCUCUCCUUCUCUGUCAUUUCCUGUUCCCAACCUCUCCUUCUCUGUCAUUUCCUGUUCCCAACCUCUCCUUCUCUGUCAGUCCUGUUCCCAACCUCUCCUUCUCUCUGUUCAAUCUGUUCCCAAAACCGACUCCUUCUCUAUCUGUAAGUCCUUGUUCCCACCUCUCCUUCUCUAUCAUUUCCUGUUCCCAACCUCUCCUUCUCUGUCAUUUCCUGUUCCCAACCUCUCCUUCUCUGUCAUUUCCUGUUCCCAACCUCUCCUUCUCUGUCAAUUUCCUGCUUCUCGAACCUCUCCUUCUCUAUCAGGUUCCUUUUCCAAACUCUCCUUCCUCUAAUCAGUCCUGUUCCCAAAAACCUCCCUUCUUCUGUCUUUCCUGUUUCCAACUUUAUCCUUCUCUGUCAGUUCCAUUUCCCGUUCCCAACCUCUCCUCUAUGAACUUCCAGUUGUUUCCACCAACCUCUUCAUUUCUCUAUCCGUCCUGUUCCCCAUACAUCUCCUUCUCUAUUCAGUUCCUGUUUUCCCAACUCUCCUUUCUCUAUCAGUCCUGCUUCUGUCCCAAAACUCUCCUCUCUAUAAGUCCUGUUCCCCAACCUCUCCAAUCUAUCAGUUCCUGUUCCCUCCAACCCUCUCCUUCUCUAUUCGUUCCUGUUCCCAACCUCUCCUUCUUCUAUUCAGUUUCCUGUUUCCCAACCUUCCUUCUCUAUUCCAGUCCUGUUCUCCAACUCUCCUUCUCUAUCAGUCCUGGUUCCAAAAACCUUUCUCCUUCUCUAUCCAAGGUUCAUUGUUCCAACUCUCCAUCUCUAUCAGUCUGUUCCCACACCUACUCCUUCUCUUAUUCAGUCCUGUUCCCCAACUCUCCCUUCUCUAUCAGUCCCCUGUGUUUUCCCACAUCUCCUUCUCUAUCGAGUCCUGUUCCCAACCUAGCCCUUAUCUAUAAGUCCUGUUCCCAACCGCGACUUCUCUAUUAACGCGUCCCCGGGGCGCCACAAUCCGCUGGACGGCGCGAUGCCAGGCCGCGCCCAACAAACCUCUGCUGCUGCCUUCCCUAGAAGGACGAGGGGUCCCAACCGCUCCGUCCCGCGCAGCAGGCCGUGUGGAAACAUACCGAUGACUUUGCUUUCUAUCAGUUCUGUUCCCUAAACUCUCCCUGUCCCCUCAAGUCAGUUUCUGUCUCCAACACAAAACCCUCUCCUUCUCUAUCAGUUCCUGUUCCAAAAACCUCUCUUCUCAAUCAGUUACAUCGUGUCUCAAAAACAUCUACUUCUCUAUUCAGUCCGUUCCCCCAACCUCUUCCUUCUCUAUCCAGUCAUUAAUGUUGCCCACAACCUCUCCUUCUUCCUAAUUCCAUUUCCUAUUGUUCCCAACUCUCUUUCUCUAUUUUCAUUUCCUGUUUCCCAAACCUCUUCCUUGCUUGCUCUAUUCAUUUCCUGUUUCAAUACCCUCUCCUUCUCUAUUCAUUUUUCCUUGUUCCAAAACAUUUCUCCUUCUCUAUCCAGGUCUUGUUCCCCAAACCUCUUCCUUCUCUGCAUUUCCUGUUCCCAAACCUCUCUUCUCUAGCAGUCCUCGUUCCCAAAAACCUCUCCUUCCUCUAUAUGCAGUUGCCUGUUCCCUAAAACCUCUCUUCUUCUAUUCAGCCCUGUCCUAAACCUCCUUUCUCUCUUUUCUAUUCAGUCCUUGUUCCACAAACCUCGCCUGCUUCGAUUCAGUCCUGUUGUUUUUCCCAACACCUUUCCUUCUUUCUCUUUUAUUCAGUCCUGUUUGCCACAAACCUCUCCUUCUGACUAUCAUUUCUGUUUGCCCCACCAACCUUCUCGUCUCUAUCAUUUCCUGUCCCAACCUCUCCGUGCUUCCUAUCAGGUCCCCUGUUCCAACACCGCUCCUUCUCUAUCGUCCCUGUCCCCACCUCUCAUUUCUCUAUCAGUCCGGUUCCCAAAACCUCUUCCUUCUAUGAUAAGGGGUCCGCUUGUCCCUAUACCAUCUCCUUCUUCUAAUCAGUCCUGUUCACAAACCUCUUCCUUCGAUCAGUUCCUGGUUUCCGCAAAAACUCUUCCUUCUCUAUCAGUUGUUUUCCAAACUUCUCCUUCUUUCUUUCAAGUCCUGUUGCCCAAUCUAUCCUUUCUCACAUUUCCUCUGCUUCCCUAACCUCCUUCCUUCUCGAGCUAUUUCAGGGUCACCACACCUCUCCCUCUCUAUCAGUCCUGUUCCCAACCCUCUCCUUCUCUAAUCAGUCUGUUCCCAACCUCUCCUUCUCUAUCAGUCCUGUUCCCAACCUCUCCUUCUCUAUCAGUCCUGUUCCCAACCUCUCCUUCUCUAUCAGUUUCCUGUUUCCCCAACUCUCUCUUUCAUUUCAGUUCUGUUCCCAAUACCUUCUUUCUUCUAUUCAGUCUGUUCCCAAACUCUCUCCUGCUCUAAUCAGUCAUGGUUCCCAAACCUCCUCCUUAUUCUAUCAUUUCCUGUUCCCAAAAAAACCUCUUCUUCUCUAUCAGUUACUGUUCCCAAACCUCUCCUUUCUCUAUCCGUUCCUGUUCCCAACCUCUCCUUCUCUAUCAGUCCCUUUCCCAAAACCUUCUCCUUCUCUAUAAUGUUUCCUUGUUCCCAACCCUCUCAUCUCUAUAGUUCCUGUUGCCCGGAAGUCCCUUCUUCCUUCUCUAUCAGGCCCCGAUCCCAAACCUUCCUUCUCUAUCAGUCCUGUUCCCAACCUCUCCUUCUCUAUCAAUCCUGUUCCCAACCUCUCUUUCUCAAUCAGUCCUGUUCCCAACCCCUCCUUAUCUAUCAUUUCCUGUUUCCAACCUCUCCUUCUCAAUCAAUUCCCGGUUCCAAUACCUCUCCUUCUCUACAAUCCUGUUUCCCAAACUCUCCUUCUCUACAAUCCCUGUUUCCCAACCUCUUUCCCUUCUCUAUCUCAGUCCUGUUUUCCCAAACCUCUCCUUCUCUAUCAGUCUGUUUUCCACCUCUCCCUUCUCUAUCAGUCCUGUUCCCAACCUCUCCCUUCUCUAUCAUCUGUCCCAACCCCUCCUUAUCUAUCAUUCCUGUUCCCAACCUCUCCUUCUCUACUAGGUCCUGUUCCCACACCCGCUCCUCUCGAUACAGUUCCUGUUUUCCCAACUCUUUCCUUCUCUAUCUGUCUGUCCAACCCCCCCUUCUCUUUGAUCCAAUCCUGUUCCUCAACCUGCGCCAUUCAGAGCGGGUCUCCAAACGCUUCCUGUUCAAUUCAAUCCUGUGCCCAACACCGUGCUGCCUGUGCGUUGUCGAUUGCAAUACGGGUCCAAUCCCUCUCCGUCUCACACAAGCCUAAUCCUGGUCCCAACACGCGUCCUGGACUCUUAGCAAGUCCUGGGGCUCAACAUCUCCACAGUUCCUGUUCACCUCUCCUUCUCGAUCAGUCCGGUUCCCAAACCCCUCCUAUCUAUUCAUUUCCUGUUCCCAACUCUCCUUCUUCAUCAGGUCAUGUUCCCCAUACCUCUCUUUUCUCUAUCGUUUCCUGGUUUUUCCCAACCCCUCUCUUAUCUUAUCAUUCCUGUGCAAAUUAUUCUCCUGUUCUCUAUCAGUCCUGUUCCCACCUCUCCUUCUCUAUCAGUCCUGUUCCCAACCUCUCCUUCUCUAUCAGUCCUGUUCCCAACCCCUCCUUCUCUAUCAAUCCUGUUCCCAACCCUCGCCAUCAUUUCCUGGUCCCAACCUCUCCUUCUCAAUCAAUCCUGUUCCCAACCUCUCCUUCUCUAUCAAUCCUGUUCCCAACCUCUUCAAUUUCUCAAUUCAAUCUCUGUUUCCUCAACCUCUCCUUUCUCUAGCAUAUCCCUGUUCUAACAUUCUUCCAUUUCAGUCCUGUUCGCCCAAACUCUCCUUUCUAUCAGGGUCCUGUUCCAACCUUCCUCCCUAUCAAUCCUGUUCCCAACCUCUCCUCCUCUAUCAAUCCUGUUCCCAACCUCUCCUCCUCUAUCAGUCCUGUUCCCAACCUCUCCUUCUCCAUCAAUCCUGUUCCCAACCUCUCAUUCUCAAUCAGUCCUGUUCCCAACCCCUCCUUAUCUAUCAUUUCCUGUUUCCAACCUCUCCUUCUCAAUCAAUCCUGUUCCACCCUUCUUCUCUAUCAUAUCUGUUUCUCCAACCUUCUCUUCUCUAUCAAUCUGUUCCCAACUCUUCCUUCUCUAUCAAUCCUGUCCACCAUCUUCAUUCUUCCAUUUCAGUCCGUUCCUCAAACAAACCUCUUCUUCUCUAUCCAGUCCUGUUCCCAAACCUUUUCCUUCUCUAUUCAGUCCUGUUCCAACCCUCUUUCCUUCCUCUAUCCGUCCUGUCCCAAACCCUCUCCUUUUCUAUCAGUCUGUGUUCCCACAAUACCUCUCAGUCGCUAUCAGUUUCUGUUCCCAAUCCUCGCCGUCUCAUCAGUCCUGGUUCCCAACUCCUCUUCUGUAAUCCAUGUCCGGUUCCCAAACUUCCUUCUCGAAUUUUCUCUUCUUAGUAGGUACUCUCUCUAUCGCGCAUCCAACAUUUUAAAUACUUUAUUUCCAUUCACGAAUCAGAUUUACAUUAAUCAAGGAUCCAAAUAUCUCAAAAGGUCCCUGUGUACAUGGACACUGAAGGGUACAAAAAGCACCUCCUCUUUAACACGGCAAGACUGCCCAUGACCGCUGACACAGAGCAGAACCUCGCCAGCUGCUUUGCCUUGGUCUUUGGCAGGCCCACAAUCUGAAGGUGUCUGGCCCACAAUCUGAAGGUGUCUGACCCACAUUCUGAAGGUGUCUGGCCCACAAUCUGAAGGUGUCUGGCCCACAAUCUGAAGGUGUCUGGCCCACAAUCUUAAGGUGUCUGACCCACAAUCUGAAGGCUACGUACUGCAAGCCUACAUACGUGGCCAAGACUGACAAAUAUCAGUGCUAGCAGCUUGCACACCCAUGUCCAAGGCUGUUCAAGCGAGCUACGAGGGGCUGGUAUUUUAGAAGAUUGUGGGUAAAGGACUGCUCCAUGUAGCGGUGAUACAGCCCACCUCCCUCUGGCCUCCCCCCCACAACAACAACAACAUUUGGCACACAGGAAAACGCAUCACCAUCAAAACCAACUUCCUCUUACACAAGAAUGUUUAUGAUUGUUUGCUGUUGGUGAGACUACCUGGCUACCAGGUCAACAAGGCAGUCAUGCUAUGUAUAGGUCCUUAUAUGAACAGCAACUAUUCACAACAUGGGCAACAGACUCCAUUACAUUUGACUCAUGUAGAAUACACAAUGGAUCAUGGUUUGCAGGGUACCAGUGUGCUAGGUAAAGGUGAGAAUGUCCUGGCCAAUGGCAGCAUUCUGGUACAUGGAAUGGGAGACAGAGCGGUCAGCACAGUCCAGAGCAGUGAGUUUCCCCUGCAGACUCAGAACAGUGAGUUUCCCCUGCAGACUCAGAACAGUGAGUUUCCCCUGCAGACUCAGAACAGUGAGUUUCCCCUGCAGACUCAGAGCAGUGAGUUUCCCCUGCAGACUCAGAACAGUGAGUUUCCCCUGCUGCCUCAGAACAGUGAGUUUCCCCUGCAGACUCAGAGCAGUGAGUUUCCCCUGCAGACUCAGAACAGUGAGUUUCCCCUGCAGACUCAGAACAGUGAGUUUCCCCUGCAGACUCAGAGCAGUGAGUUUCCCCUCCAGACUCAGAACAGUGAGUUUCCCCUGCAGACUCAGAGCAGUGAGUUUCCCCUGCAGACUCAGAGCAGUGAGUUUCCCCUGCAGACUCAGAGCAGUGAGUUUCCCCUGCAGACUCAGAGCAGUGAGUUUCCCCUGCAGACUCAGAGCAGUGAGUUUCCCCUGCAGACUCAGAGCAGUGAGUUUCCCCUGCAGACUCAGAGCAGUGAGUUUCCCCUGCAGACUCAGAGCAGUGAGUUUCCCCUGCAGACUCAGAACAGUGAGUUUCCCCUGCAGACUCAGAGCAGUGAGUUUCCCCUGCAGACUCAGAGCAGUGAGUUUCCCCUGCAGACUCAGAACAGUGAGUUUCCCCUGCAGACUCAGAGCAGUGAGUUUCCCCUGCAGCCUCAGAACAGUGAGUUUCCCCUGCAGACUCAGAGCAGUGAGUUUCCCCUGCAGACACAGAGCAGUGAGUUUCCCCUGCAGACUCAGAACAGUGAGUUUCCCCUCCAGACUCAGGCCAGUCCAGUGUUGCGUAGCUCUCUCCGUCUGAUACCGAGGAGUGUUGUCCUGGAUGUUAGGAUGAGAUGUUCCAUCAUGGAGGACAGAAGCCUCCACGGCAACCCAGGGGUCUGUCACAACUGCAGAGACAGUCACUGGCUCAGUCUGCGUGUCCGUCGGAGCUCCUCUCCAGUCUGCGUGUCCGUCGGAGCUCCUCUCCAGUCUGUCUCCAUCUGAGCUCCUCUCCAGUCCGGUUGCACAGGUCGUUGAGGUCCGGCCAGUUCUGACCAGACUCCAAAGCCCACAGCACGAGUGUCCAAUUUUCCAUUGGCCUUCCUCCUGAAGCGCGCACACACACACACACACACACACACACACACACACAGAAAUGCUUUCAGUCAGUGAAAACCUUAAUGUGACAUUAUGUUUUUUAAAAUUAAUAUCAAAUAACUGUAUAAAAUGAACUGCAUCUCAACAUAUCAAACAGAGCUGUCUCCAUCUGAAAACCACGGGUCUCUUCAGGACUAACGACGCUUAUUUUAGCAUCAAAAGAUUGUUCAUUUAAAAAUAGAGCAAACAUUCAUGAAAGCUUCUCUGUGCUUAGCCAGAGAUUUCAACAUUUGCUGUUUGGGAUUAGAGACGUCUUUCUGUCUGCUUUGAUUGUGAGAACAGUGAAGUACAACAACAAAAUGCUAGCCAUGUAUUAUGAUUAGAAUAACUUCAACUCAGUGACUUGUUUUUCACUUUUGGACUCUUACAGAGUUAAAAUAAGACUAUUUUAUGAAAGUACAUUCUUCUCUUUUGUCAAAAACAUUUGAGUGAGUUUGUUUUGGGACUUUUAUUUGUGGUUGUCUGGAACAGCUAAAAGAGCUCUUUACUUAGAAAGGACAAUAUCCUGUUCUAACACACUGUGUGUGUGUGUGUGUGUGUGUGUGUGCGUGCGCGCUUGCGUCUACUGCUGGCUUUGGGACUCUUCAAAUAUCAGGCUGGGCCAUUUACAAUUCGGUCAGGUCUCUCUCUGUGUGUGUGUGUGAGAGAGUUUGUGGGUGUUUUUCUGUCUUGGCUCUGGCCUCUACAGCCUGAUGCUGUGCCAGUGAAGCGUUCAGGCUACUCACGUUAUCAAGAGCUACUCACGUUAUCAAGGGCUACUGACCUUAUCAAGGGCUGCUCACGUUAUCAAGGGCUGCUCAUGUUAUCAAGGGCUACUGACCUUAUCAAGGGCUACUCAUGUUAUCAAGGGCUACUGACCUUAUCAAGGGCUGCUCACGUUAUCAAGGGCUGCUCACGUUAUCAAGGGCUGCUCAUGUUAUCAAGGGCUACUUACGUUAUCAAGGGCUACUGAUCUUAUCAAGGGCUACUGAUCUUAUCAAGGGUUACUCACCAUAUAACCACUAACUACAUGUCAGUUUACUUCCUGACCAUGUGAUUGUCCUAACAGUCAUUUGUUUCUUUCUCUCCUUUCUACCAAUGGUCUCUUCUCUUCUGCAGACUCUGAUGGAGGUGAGUACUUAAAGGAUGGGGGAGGUGGUGAUGGGGCGAAUGGGAGUGCUAUCGUAGUUAUUUGAGCAUGGCGCAUGGACUUGGUUUUCUCUCUCGUAGAUCUUUGUUGAGUUUUGGUUUUUCUUCUUUUUUCUCUCGCUUUGCUUGUUGUAUGGUUUCUUCUUGGUGUGCUUCCGUCGUCUUGUCUGGUCUUUUUCUGUGGGUUGUUUGCUGUCUCGGCUUGUUUUUUCUUUUUGUCGUUUGUGCGUUGAUUGUCGGUGUUCUUACUGUUCUUUUGGUCUGCUCUGUUUGUGCUUUUCUUGCUGUUGUUCUCGUUGCUUUUUCCUCGUUCUUUCGUUUGCUUCUGUUUCUCUUUGCUCUGUUUUCGUUUUCUUCUUGUUGUCUCUUCUUCUUUCUGCUUUUUCUUGUUUCUUCUUUUUUCUCCUUUGCCUCUUUCUUCUUUUUUCUUUUUCUUCUUGUUUUCUCUUGCCUUCUUUCUCUUCUUCUUCUUCUUUUUUCUUUUCUCGUUUUCGUCUGUUCCUUCUUUUUUUGUCUGCUCUUCCUCCUUUCUCUUCUUCUUUUUGCUUGUCUGUCUCUCCUCCUCUUUCUUCUUUUUUCUCCUCUUCUGCUUGCUUUGUUCUUCUUUUUUCUCUUCUCUUUCGUGCUUUUCUUUUCUUUUUGCUUUUCUCUUUUUGUGUGUCUGCUUUUUCUGCCUUCUUUUUUUCCCUUUUAUGUUUUUUCUCUCUCCUCUUUUUUUUUUGUCUUUUCUCGUUGUUUCGUCUUGCCUCUGUUCUUUUUUCUCCCUCUGUCUUCUUUUUCUUGUCUGCUUUUUUUCUUUUCUUUUUUUUUUUUUCUUUUUUGUGUUUGCAUUUUUGCAUUUGUGUUGGAGAGUUUGGUUGAUGUCUGUGUGUGUGUGGGGGGGGGGGUGUACUAGACUCAAGGCCAGCUGGUACAAUGAACUCAUGACGGAGUUAUUGUGUGGCCUCUGAAAAGACACCACAACAGGCUCCAUUAAACUGCUGCCAUUGUGUGUCUGUCUGUCUGCAUUGACUACCCAUUCAGUAUACAAACUCCAACUCUUAGUGUCUUUCCUAUGCUUUACUCUACCUCAUUUUACUAGUAGUAGGAGGGCUCUGACUGGCUAAUUUUACUAGUAGUAGGAGGGCUCUGACUGGCUAACUUUACUAGUAGUAGGAGGGCUCUGACUGGCUAACUUUACUAGUAGUAGGAGGGCUCUGACUGGCUAACUUUACUAGUAGUAGGAGGGCUCUGACUGUGGCUAACUUUACUAGUAGUAGGAGGGCUCUGACUGGCUAACUUUACUAUUACUUCUGCCUACAUCUCCCCCUGUCAUCUUCUGAUGCUCCACUAAACUGUCAUGUUCUGAUGCUCCACUACACUGUCAUGUUCUGAUGUCAUGUUCUGAUGUCAUGUUCUGAUGCUCCACUAAACUGUCUUGUUCUGAUGCUCCACUACACUGCCAUGUUCUGAUGCUCCACUACACUGUCAUGUUCUGAUGCUCCACUACACUGUCAUGUUCUGAUGUCAUCUUCUGAUGCUCCACUACACUGUCAUGUUCUGAUGCUCCACUACACUGUCAUGUUCUGAUGCUCCACUACACUGUCAUGUUCUGAUGCUCCACUACACUGUCAUGUUCUGAUGCUCCACUACACUGUCAUGUUCUGAUGCUCCACUACACUGUCAUGUCCUGAUGCUCCACUACACUGUCAUGUUCUGAUGCUCCACUACACUGUCAUGUUCUGAUGCUCCACUACACUGUCAUGUCCAGUCCCAUCAUCCUCUAAAACAGGGGUUCCUAAACUUUUUCACUCUGAGCCCCCCUUCCAGCAUCGGGGAACAUCCCGCCCCCCCCCGCGCACCACUUCUAUUUCUAUGGGCACCAGCACUGUUCAUGACACAAACUGUUCACAGCCCUCUUGUUGGCAGAGAGAACAUUUUGCAGGUUUAAAGCUUAUUCCCUGCAAUUCUACACAUUUUGUCAUGUGGUGAAAAGAAAAUGUUGCAGUUUUAAAGCUAAUUAUUUUGCAAUUCUCUACAUUUUUACCAAGUCUAAUGUGUAUUCAUGUGAUAUGAGUGACAAAAAAUUACAAGAAUGAUCUAUGUGCGAAAAAAAAACGAAAUAAAAAAACGUUAGCUGACAUGGGCUAGUUGAUCUAAGGUGUGCAGUGACUGACAUGACAAAAGGAACUGAUGAUGUACGACCCAAUUUAGAAAUGGCACCUUGUGCAUUCUACUAUUACAACUUUCAAGCCGGACUGAGUUCCUAAAAAAAAAAAAAAAAUGAAAUACACUACCGGUCAAAAGUUUUAGAACACCUACUCAUUCAAAGGUUUUUCUUUAUUUUUCACUAUUUUCUACAUUGUAGAAUAAUAGUGAAGACAUCAAAUCUAUGAAAUAACACAUAUGGAAUCAUGUAGUAACCAAAAAAGUGUUAAACAAAUCAAAAUAUAUUUUAGAUUCUUCAAAGUAGCCACCCUUUGCCUUGAUGACAGCUUUGCACACUCUUGGCAUUCUCUCAACCAUCUUCACCUGGAAUGCUUUUCCAACAGUCUUGAACGAGUUCCCACAUAUGCUGAGCACUUGUUGCCCUUCUUCACUCUGCCGUCCAACUCAUCCCAAACCAUCUCAAUUGGGUUGAGGUCAGGUGAUUAUGGAGGCCAGGUCAUCUGAUGCAACACUCCAUCACUAUCCUUCUUGGUCAAAUAGCCCUUACACAUCUCAAAUUUGGACUCAUCAAACCAAAAGGACACAUUUCCACCGGUCUAAUGUCCAUUGCUCGUGUUUCUUGGCCCAAGCAAGUCUCUUCUUCUUGUUGGUGUCCUUUAGUAGUGGUUUCUUUGCAGCAAUUCGACCAUGUAGGCCUGAUUCAUGCAGUCUCUGAACAGUUGAUGUUGAGAUGUGUCUGUUACUUGAACUCUGUGAAGCAUUUAUUUGGGCUGCAAUUUCUGAGGCUGGUAACUCUAAUUAACUUAUCCUCUGCAGCAGAGGUAACUCUGGGUCUUCCGUUCCUGUGGCGGUCCUCAUGAGAGCCAGUUUCAUCAUAAUACCGCUUGAUGAUUUUUGCGACUGCACUUGAAGAAACUUUCAAAGUUCUUGAAAUUGUCCAUAUUGACUGACCAUCAUGUAUUAAAGUCAUGAUGGACUGUCAAUUCUCUUUGCAUAUUUGAGCUGUUCUUGCCAUAAUAUGGACUUGGUAUUUUACCAAAUAGGGCUAUCUUCUGUAUACCAAUCCUACCUUGUCACAACACAACUGAUUGGCUCAAACACAUUAAGAAGGAAAGAAAUUUCACAAAUUAACUUUUAACAAGGCACACCUGUUAAUUGAAAUGCAUUCCAGGUGACUACCUCAUGAAGCUGGUUGAGAGAAUGCCAAGAGUGUGCAAAGCUGUCAUCAAGGCAAACGUUGGCUAUUUGAAGAAUCUCAAAUCUCAAAUAUAUUUUGAUUUGUUUAACACUUUUGUGGUUCCAUAUGUGUUAUUUCAUAGUUUUGAUGUCUUCACUAUUAUAGUAAAAAUAAAGACAAACCCUUGAAUGACUAGGUGUGUCCAAACUUUUGACUGGUACUGUAUAUAUAUAUAUAUAUAUAUAUAUAUAUAUAUAUAUAUAAUAUAUAAUAUAUAUAAUUUUUUUGUGGGGGGUAACCCUAACUGUUUUAACUGGGGAUAACCCAAAACGGGUUCUACUAUGGAUAGCCCGAACGGUUUACUGAAAGGUUUAUUGUGCAAUCAAAAAAAAUAAAAAAGGGAACCUUAAAGGAGACCAAGGGCGGCAACCCCCUUUCUUUUCCCCCCAACGGGAAGCCCAAUGGGCAUGAUUCCAUCCUAAACUUCCCUCCUUCCCCCCAAGGCAGGCGGGUAAACCGAGGCUGGUCCCUCUUUUCGCGGGAGGGUUUAGGGCGGUGGUUUCUGGGAGGGGGGAAAAAAAGGGGGUGGCAAAGGGGGCCCCUCCUGGUGGGGGCUUGGUGGGGGGGUGUGGGUUUUGUUUUUUUCCCUUUCUUCCGCCUCUCUCUCCCUGCUCUCCCCCCCCCGCCCUCCGGGCCCCCCCCCCGGGCCCCGCCCCCCCCGCCCCGCCGCCCGGGGGGGGGGCCCGCGGGCGCGCCCCCCGCUCCCCCCGUUCGCCCGGCACCCCCCUCGCCGCCCUCUUUCCCCCCCCCCCCUUUCCUUUCCCCCGGCCCCCCCCCCCCCCCCGCCUCCCCUCCCCCUUUCCUUGCCCUCCCCCCUUCCUUUGGGGGGGGCCCCCCCCCCCCCUUUUCUCCCCUCCCCCCCCCCCCCCCUUUUUUUCCCCCUUUUCCUUUCCCGGGGUCCCCCAGCCUUUUCCCCUCCCUUUUUUUUUCUUUAAGGGUAUUAAAAGGGUGGGGAGGGUAUUUUGGGGGAAGGGUUUGGUAAAAAUCGGGUUCUGGGGGGGGCUAUUUAAAAAUUUUUUGGGCCCUUCCCUUGUUUUUUUUCUUUAAAAUUUCUUUUUUUGGGAAAGGGGGUUUUUAAAAUAAAUUUUCUAUUCCAGCAAAUUUUUUUCCCCUCACCCCUCUAACAGGGGGCCCCCCCUUUUUAAAAAAAGGUCCCCCUUUUCUCCCCCCCCUCCCUUUUUUUCCCCCAAAAAAAACCUCCCCUUUUAAAAACAUUUUCAAAACCAUCCCUUAACCCCUAACUUGUCAAAAUCCCUUUAACACCUAACACUUUUAGGUGGGGGGCGGGGUGGGACCGGGGUGUGUGGGACCAAAUUGUUUUUAUUAGGGCCCAAUAGACUCUCGGCGAUAAUCCCAGGCUCUUCCGGGCCAGAGGGGAAAGGAGGGGCGGGGGGGGAAAAAAGGGAAAAAUAGGGGGGGAGAGGAAAACGAGGGGGGAAAGGGGGGAACCCUCCCCGGUUUUUCUUUAAAAUCUCAAAACUUUUCCUCUGCGCGCAGGGCGCAAGCGGUGGCUUUUCCAUGGCAGCGGUUUCUGCGAGCGCGACAGGGUCACCGGGGCACGUAAAUGACAGCUGUAUGCUAAUGAGGGAGUCUGUGCACUUGAACUAACCAACCACGCCACUAUACACAGGGCCGGCACCAGGCCACUAGGGGGGCCCUUGACCCCAUACAAAUAAUAUGAACUCAGUCGGGGUCUCAGUUUACUGUUGACAGUUACAAUAGGAGAAUACACCAGGUGCAAUUUCGAAAUUUGGUGGUGCAUCAGCAGUUUUUUCCUCUUGUUAUUGUAUGUCAGUCACUGACAGUGACUCAAUUAGCCAUGUCAGCUAACCAUUUUUGAUUGGUAGUUAGCCUAGCCAGCUAUCUAAACUUGUAGUAAUCAUGGCUGAAUACCGACCGGGCAUGCAGGGCCCUGACCUCCCUGGGGGUCCCCAUUGAUUUUGUUAGUCACUCCCACUCAGAUAUCCUAUUAACAUGGCAUAACUCAUUACAACAUGUGUAGAAUUGCAUGAAUUUUGUUAUAAAAUUGCAAAGUUCUCUCCAUCCCAGAAAACGUGUUUUAAACCUGCAAUAUUUUCUCUACACCCCAUGGCAAAAUGUGUAGAAUUACAGGAAAUAAACUUUAAAACAAAAAAAAUAUUCUCUCCACCAUCAAGAGGGGGGGGGGGGCACUAAAAUGUUUUUGCCGCGAGGUGGGGGGCCCCGCAACCAAAUCCCAAAUCUCUCUCAGUGCCCCGAAAAGGCUAGAGCCGGCCCUGGCUAUACACACACAGCAGGGACCAGCACGAGCAGCUGUGGGUUGGAGCGCAGAACAUCACUGCAGCACGAGCACACUGUUGACGUUCAGUAUUCUGAGGCGCCGUUAUUCUCCGUUCCUCCGGUGUGCUCUGAAGUCUUCAGCUCAGACUCAAUCUGGAACCGGAAUAUUGGAAAUUAUAUCAUUUUGACGAUUGAACGGAGGCAUCUUCUUUUUUUUUGUAGCCUUUUUAUUUGUUAUUUAUGUUUUAAGGAUUUGGUUUUAAACGUGAAAUGUUGUUGGAUUGUACUCUGCUAAAGAUGAAGAUAUUCAACGGGUUGGAUUACACACUGGUGAGAUUUGACUGAACUAUUAGUUGCUUAUUAUUAGGAUCGUAAUAUUCAUACACGCUCCCAGGGCAAUAAUAACAUCUUUCUAAAACGGGGAUGAGCCUCGGAUGUAUUUCCAAAAUGUAUUUAGAAACUCAGUCGGGGUCUCAACUUACUGUUGCAAGUUACAAUAGUAGAAAACACAAGGUGCAAUUUCAAAAUGUGGUUGUUUUUCUCUUGUUACUGUAUGUCAGUCACUGAUAGUCAUUCAGUUAGCCCUUGUCAGCUAACAUUUUUUUAGAUUGAUAAGUUAGUUUAGCGGCCAGCUAUCUAAACUUGUUAUCAUGGCAGAAUUACCUGCUGGGGAGGGGGACCCAAUUGAUUUUGUUAGUCAGUCUCACUCAGAUAUAUUACAGACUGCAACCAUUUCACUCCGCACCAUUGGUAAAAUGUGUAAAUUGCACAAAAUUAACUAUAAAACUUUAAAAUUGUUCUCUCUGCUGUCAAGAGGAGGGCCACUAAAAUGAAAAUGUAUGCAUUCACUAACUGUAAGUCGCUCUGGAUAAGAGCGUCUGCUAAAUGACUAAAAUGUAAAUGUUAAAUGUUUUGCUCGCUGUGUGUGUGUGUGUGUGUGUGUGUGGUGUAUGGAUGUUGGUACACAAUCUGCAGCCCCCUCAUGAUGAGUUCAGGACAUUUUUGUGGCCCCCAGUUGGUGAUUGGAGGCAUCUGAAUGUCACAUCUCAACGUCAAUAUAUUUUGUUGUUUUUCAUAAUUAUGCUAUUAUUUGUUUUAUUAGAAAGAGAGAGAGAGAGAGAGAGAGAGAAGAGAGAGAGAGAUAGAGAGAGCGAGAGAGAGAGAGAGAGUUGGAGUGGAGACAGAGAGAGUUGAGUGAGUGAGUGAUUGAGAGACAGAGUGAGUGAGUGAUGUGAGUAGAGAGAGAGUGAGUGAGUGAGUGAGAGAGAGAGAGAGAGAGUGAGUGAGUGAGUGAGUGUCUGUUGAUGGUUUCAAUAGUCGUGGCAGACUUUUUGUUUCUGAAGGCGUGAUGGAUUCUUUGUGUGUAGUGUUGUCCUGUGGGGGGCCUGUGUUGUCCUGUGGGGGGCCUGUGUCAGGACGGCUGCCUGCCUUCACAAUGAGCUCAGACUGAGGAGGGGUGUGUGUGUGUGUGUGUGUGUGUGGAGGCGGGGUGUGUUCUUUCCCCAUCGUUUCCUCAACAGUUCUGCAAUGUUGUCACACACACACACACAAAGGGUGGCACAGAACAGAAUAGAACAGAACAGAAUAAUUGCCUUCCAGGAAGGAUUUCUUUUUUGCAGAAAUAAUAAUAACAAUAAUAACAAUAAUCUACAUCAUGUAGUUCUAUUAACUUCUGUAGGUUGUAGUCCUAGGUGAUGAGCAGACAGACAGACAGACAGACAGACAGACAGACAGACAGACAGUCAGUCAGUCAGUCAGUCAGUCAGCUCUGUAGCUACAGCUUGUGGAAACCCCCAAAGGUUAUCUCCUGUCCUAUGGACUUUGGAACCCAAUCCCUGAAAUGGAACUUUUCAGUCCACCCUGCCUUCUUGUUGCAACAACGGGUAUUGGAGAACGGGUAUCUCUACCCCUCCCUCUCUCUACCCCUCCCUCUCUCCACCCCUCCCUCUCUCCACCCCUCCCUCUCUCCACCCCUCCCUCUCUCUACCCCUCCCUCUCUCUACCCCUCCCUCUCUCUACCCCUCCCUCUCUCCACCCCUCCCUCCAUCCUAGGAGAUAUGAAAGGUCCUUACAGCGAUAGAGUGAGUGAGUGAGUGUGUGUGGUGAGACAAUAAUAAUAAUAAUAAUAAUAUGCCAUUUAGCAGACGCUUUUAUCCAAAGCGACUUACAGUCAUGCGUGCAUACAUUUUUGUGUAUGGGUGGUCCCGGGGAUCGAACCCACUACCUUGGCGUUACAAGCGCCGUGCUCUACCAGCUGAGCUACAGAGGACCACGGAGACAUGAGUGGUCCUGGUGUCUCUCUGAUCAAAAAAUGGCUUGUGUUAGCAGCAGAGAACCUGAUAGUGAAACUGAUAUAACCUGAUACCUAUAGUAUAUUUGGAAAGUAUUCAGACCCCUUGACUUUUUCCACAUUUUGUUACGUUACAGCCUUAUUCUAAAUUGAUUAAAUUGUUUUUUUCCCUCAUCAAUCUACACACAAUACCCCAUAAUGACAAAGCAAAAACAGGUUUAGAAAGGUUUGCAAAUGUAUUACAAAUUUUAAAAAAAUGGAAAUAUCACAUUUACAUAAGUAUUCAGAGCUUUUACUCAGUACUAUGUAGAAGCAGCAUUGGCAGCGAUUACAGCCUCAAGUCUUCUUGGGUAUGACGCUACAAGCUUGGCACACCUAUAUUUGGGGAGUUUCUCCCAUUCUUCUCUGCAGAUCCUCUCAAGCUCUGUCAGGUUGGAUGGGGAGCGUCACUGCACAGCUAUUUUCAGGUCUCUCCAGAGAUGUUAGAUCGGGUUCAAGUCCGGGCUCUGGCUGGGCUCAUUAUGGGGUAUUGUGUGUAGAUUGAGGGAAAAUGUAUUUAAUCCAUUUUAGAAUAAUGCUGUAACGUAACAAAAAUGUGGAAAAAGGGAAGGGAAAAAGUAUUUGAUCCCCUGCUGAUUUUGUAUGUUUGCCCACUGACAAAGACAUGAUCAGUCUGUAAUUUUAAUGGUAGGUUUAUUUGAACAGUGAGAGACAGAAUAACAACAAAAUAAUCCAGAAAAACGCAUGUCAAAAAUGUUAUAAAUUGAUUUGCAUUUUAAUGAGGGAAAUAAGUAUUUGACCCCUCUGCAAAACUUGACUUAGUACUUGGUGGCAAAACCCUUGUUGGCAAUCACAGAGGUCAGACGUUUCUUUUAGUUGGCAACCAGGUAUACACACAUCUCAGGAGGGAUUUUGUCCCACUCCUCUUUGCAGAUCUUCUCCAAGUCAUUAAGGUUUUGAGGCUGACGUUUGGCAACUCGAACCUUCAGCUCCCUCCACAGAUUUUCUAUGGGAUUAAGGUCUGGAGACUGGCUAGGCCACUCCAGGACCUUAAUGUGCUUCUUCUUGAGCCACUCCUUUGUUGCCUUGGCCGUGUGUUUUGGGUAAUUGUCAUGCUGGAAUACCCAUCCACAACCCAUUUUCAAUGCCCUGGCUGAGGGAAGGAGGUUCUCACCCAAGAUUUGACGGUACAUGGCUCCGUCCAUCGUCCCUUUGAUGCGGUGAAGUUGUCCUGUCCCCUUAGCAGAAAAACACCCCCCAAAGCAUAAUGUUUCCACCUCCAUGUUUGACGGUGGGGAUGGUGUUCUUGGGGUCAUAGCAGCAUUCCCUCCUCCUCCUAAACACGGCGAGUUGAGUUGAUGGCAAAGAGCUCGAUUUUGGUCUCAUCUGACCACAACACUUUCACCCAGUUCUCCUCUGAAUCAUUCAGAUGUUCAUUGGCAAACUUCAGACAGGCCUGUAUAUGUGCUUUCUUGAGCAGGGGGACCUUGCGGGCGCAGCAGGAUUUCAGUCCUUCACGGCGUAGUGUGUUACCAAUUGUUUUUCUUGGUGACUAUGGUCCCAGCUGCCUUGAGAUCUUUGACAAGAUCCUCCUGUGUAGUUCUGUGCUGAUUCCUCUCCGUUCUCAUGAUCAUUGCAACUCCACGAGGUGAGAUCUUGCAUGGAGCCCCAGGCCGAGGGAGAUUGACAGUUCUUUUGUGUUUCUUUCCAUUUGCGAAUAAUCGCACCAACUGUUGUCACCUUCUCACCAAGCUGCUUGGCGAUGGUCUUGUAGCCCAUUCCAGGCUUGUGUAGGUCUACUAUCUUGUCCCUGACAUCCUUGGAGAGCUCUUUGGUCUUGGCCAUGGUGGAGAGUUUGGAAUCUGAUUGAUUGAUUGCUUUCUGUGGACAGGUGUCUUUUAUACAGGUAACAACUGAGAUUAGGAGCACUCCCUUUAAGAGUGUGAUCCUAAUCUCAGCUCGUUACCUGUAUAAAAGACACCUGGGAGCCAGAAAUCUUUCUGAUUGAGAGGGGGUCAAAUACUUAUUUCCCUCAUUAAAAUGCAAAUCAAUUUAUAACAUUUUGACAUGCGUUUGUCUGGAUUUUUUUGUUGUUAUUCUGUCUCUCCACUGUUCAAUAAACCUACCAUUAAAAUUAUAGACUGAUCAUGUCUUUGUCAGUGGGCAAACGUACAGAAUCAGCAGGGGAUCAAAUACUUUUUUCCCCCACUGUAUAUACAGUGGGGAACAAUAUUUAUCCGCCGAUUUUGGGGUUUUCCUACUUACAAAGCAUGUAAGGUCUGAAAUUUUUAUCUGGGGUCCUUAAAAAACGUAAAGGGAGGGGAAUUAAAAAAAAAUCCAAAAAAUCACAUUGUAUGAUUUUUAAAGAAAUUUAAAAUUUGCAUUUUUGCAUACAAGUAUUUUAUACAUCAAAAAGCAAACUUAAUUUUUGGGGGAAAAAAACAACCUUUUUUUCUUAAAAGGUCUCGUUUCCUGAGGUUUUUCCCCCUUCCACCUCAGCAUUUUUGGCCCCCUUCCCCCCAAAAGACCUUUUCCCCUCCUUCAGGUUUUUGGGUUCCUGGGAACGGCUUUCCACUCCGCCUGUCCCCUUUUUCAAAAACCCCCCCAAAAAAUGUGUUUUCCCCCCCCCUGUCCUUUGGGGGGGCGGGACCCCUCCUUCUUCCCUCCAAAGGAGUGGGAGACCAAAAGCCCCCAAAUUUUUUUUUACUCAAAACCCUCUUUCCCCCUUUUUUUAUAUCCGUUAUUGGCCCUUCCCGAAGGCUGGAAGGGUCUUGACAGGACCUUUCCAUCGCUCGAUUUUUUCCCGACGGCUAGGGGUUCUUUUUUUUGGCUUUCCCCCCUCUCUUUUUCCCUUCCAUCCCUUUUCCUUUUUUCUCCCCUUUCCCCCCCUUCCCCCCCCCUGUAAUUUAUGCCCCCCGGGAAUCCUUCCCCCCCCCUUUUUUCCGUCUCUUAACUUUUCAAUUUUAAUAUGACCAAAAGGGCCUUCCACCGUGUUGUUUUUCCCCGUACCCCCCCCAAGCCUUUGGCGGGACAUUUUACCCCUUUUCCUUAACCCGCCGGUUUUCCAUUUAGAUAGCGUUAUGUUGGCAGGUGCUUUUUAUCAAAAAAAUUUUUCAGUCUUUUUCUUUUUCCCCCCUCUUUUCCUUCUUCCCUUCUUCUCCUUUUUUCUCUUUUCUCUAAACCCUAAAAAAACUUUCUACUUUUUUCUUUUUUGUUAUUUCCUCCCCCAUUUUCCCCUUAAAAAACCCCCUCUUUUUUCCCCCCCCUCCUUUCAAAUCUUUUCCCCCCCCUUAUUUUUUUUUUUUUUUUUCUGCACUAACUUUCUUUUUCAGUUUUUUCCAAGGUUUUUUUUUCCCCCGAGGGUUUUUAAAUUACUUGAUUGCCUAAAAACCGGGUUCCCCCCUUGUAAGGUAAAACGGGCAUACCCCCCCCUUUUCUCCUUCCCUUUCCCCUUUCCCUCCCCCCUUCCCUUAUUGCGUGAACCAAAAUUAAGUCUCCCCCCCCCCCCCCCCGUUCCCCUCUUUAGCUUUUUAGAAUAAUAUGGACCCAAAGGGGGUCCAAAUGGGGUUUUUUGGAAAUUUGUUGAGGGGUCCAAAAUUUAAACCCAAAGGGUAUGCCCUGCCCCCAAUAACUACAGAACAUUAAUCAUUUCACCAACAUCCCCUUUUAUUAAUGCUCUUCACUCCGCUCCUCCCUUUUUUCCCUCCCCCCUCCCCGUCCCCCUUCUUUUUUCCCCUUUUUUUUUCCCCCCUUUUUCCCUCCCUCCCCCCUUUUUUCCUUCUUCCCUUUCCCUUCCCCUUUUGCCUCCCCCCUCCCCCCUUUGUCCCCCUUUCAAUCCCCCCCUCCUAAAAAACCCCUUACCCUUUCCCCCCCUCCUUUUUUCCCCCCCCCCCCUUUUCUCUUUCCUCCCUCCCCCUUUUCUCUUUUUAAAACCCCCUCCCGCUUUCUCCUUUUUUCUCUUUGGUUUUUUCCCCCCCUUUUUCAAAUUCCCCCCCCUUUCCCUCUUUAUCCUCCCCCCCCCUUUUUCCCCCUCUCCUCCCCCCUUUUUCCCUCCUCCUUUCCCUUUCCCCUCCCCUUAUCCUUCCCCUUUUUUUUUUUUUCCUCUCCCCCCCUCCCUUUCCCUUACCUUUCUCCCUUUUCCUCCCCCCCCCCUCCUCCCCCGUCCCUCCCCAAAACCCCCCCCCCCCCCCUCCCUUUUCCCCUUUCCCCCCCCCCCCUUUCGGCCCCCCCCCUUUUCCCCCCCCCGAUCCCCCUUUCCCCCUCCCCCCAAACCCCGUCCCUCGCCCCCCCUGUUCCCCCCCCUCUGCUCCAAAUCCAUUAUUGCAUCCCAAAUCCAAUAUGGCUGCCACUAUACCAUUAAAUGGUGGUUUAAUCACCUGAAUAUAUUUUAAAUGUGUGUACUGUAUUUAUGACCUGUACUCAAUAUCAAUGUUGUGUAAUUACACUAUGCUGGGAAUCCAGUAGGUCUGCCAUAAUUAAACACCAUUGGUAUGGAUAUAGAAAAGACAGCAGACUGCUUGGCAUGGCAACACCAAAUAUUCCAAGUCACAAGCCUAUUUGAGGAUCAAUGAGGCCAACUGGGAGGCUCCAUCAAAAGGAUAGAGAACCCUGGACAUCCUCUCCCUGGCUCUACAACUUGUGGUAUAACUUGUGCCUCCAGGAUUUGGCUCUUAUGUAGAAGUAAGCUUUGAUUAAUUGCUAGUCCAAUACGGCUGCCUGAAUCCAACAUGACCUUCCACUGGCUCACUGCAUUUGUGAUGCUCAUUGGGAUGUUCCGGUGCACUCUUCUGCUGUUUGAGUUGAGCCUGAAAAAAUAACUAAAAUUUCCAGAAAAUCAUGUUGACCUGGAGACAUUAUGGUGGAUGCAAGCACACACGUUGACAAGCGCAUAAGGCAGGUGUUCAUCACAUUAAACCAACACACCCUGACACUCAUUGAUGAGAAGUUCCAUCAACUUAAUUGUACUUCACAUGUCAUAGGAAUUGUGCCUAUCCAAAGUCAAUGCAAACCUGAAUCGCCCAGUCUGCUUUUGAGUUGCCAUUCAUGUUUUCUUAGUUUUUUUCUUCUCUUUUACAUGAUAUCCAAUUGGUAAUUACAGUCUUGUCCCAUCGCUGCAACUCCCCUACAGACUUGGGAGAGGCGAAGGUCGAGAGCCAUGCGUCCCCCGAAACACGACCCUGCCAAGCCGCACUGCUUCUUGACACACUGCUCACUCAACCCGGAAGCCAGCCGCACCAAUGUGUCGGAGGAAACACCGUCAGCCUCCCGGCCCACCACAAGGAGUCGCUAGAGCGCGAUGGGACAAGGAAAUCCCGGCCGGCCAGACCCUCCGCUAACCCGGACGACGAUGGGCCAAUUGUGCCCCGCCUCAUGGGUCUCCCGGUCACAGCCGGCUGUGUCUGGGAUCGAACCCGGGUCUGUAGUGACGCCUCAAACACUGCGAUGCAGUGCCUUAGACCGCUGAGCCACUCGGGAGGCCCGCAUGUCAGGAGGUCAUUCAACACGAGGCCAUCCAACAGCCAAAAUGCCAUCUGGAAAGUGCUGGCAUGCAUUGCCCUUAUAUGUACCUAUUCUACUACCCCCUGUGGCUGGCCAGCCCAUGUGACACCUGAACUGGAAUCUGCUGAGUGUCUGCACCCAUCUGUUUUAGAAAGGGAAACUGAUCACCACCCAGCCCCAAUACCCUGCCGGUCAUACAGGAAGGAUCCUACCCUAGUCGCUGCAGCUUGCCCAGAAUGACCAGUUAGCUGUGCAACCUGGUCAGUCCCCAGAACUACAACCUGGUCAGGCCCCAGAACUACAACCUGGUCAGGCCCCAGAACUACAACCUGGUCAGGCCCCAGAACUACAACCUGGUCAGGCCCCAGAACUACAACCACUACUGGUUACUUUGCCUCUUCCCUGUUAGGACACACUCAUGUCCUGGACACCUCAAAGACUUUGAAUCAACCUUGCACACUUAGUUUCAGAAACGGCAGGUAGCUUAGUGGUUAAGAGCGUUGUGCCAGUAACCGAAAGAUCGCUGGUUCUAAUCCCCGAGCCGACUAGGUGACAAAUCUGUCGAUGUGCCCUUGAGCAAGGCACUUAACCCUAAUUGCUCCUGUAAGUCACUCUGGAUAAGAGCGUCUGCUAAAUGACGUAAAAUGUAUAGCUGUACAUAGAUGCUGCUAGAGUGGCUGGUUGUUGUGUUACAGGUUGUUUUCCUGUAACUACAGUACUAUGUGGUUGUGUAGUGAACAACAUGAACACAUUGAACAGCUAAGUUGGCUUCAUCUAUUCAAACACUACAGAGGCAUGGAAGUGCCACUCAUAGUCCUGGUUAUAUCAAGAGCCGUAUGAAACCCUUUUAAAGAAUAACAAAAUACAAAGUAAACCAGGGUGCAGGCGAAGGUGUCUUAGCGUAAUUAUGUUGUUGUGUUGGACACAAUUCUGAAUCCAAUAUGGCCAAUAUAUCUACAAAAUUCAUAUUUACAGGUGAUUUGACUUCCAUCAAAUGGUACUAUGGCAGCCAUAUUGGAUUUUGGACGCCAUAUUGGAUUUGAGGCAAAAUCAAUCUGUGGUGGCCACCUGACUAAAUUGCAAGUGUAGGGGCUAAAGAUACACUGCUCUCAGCCAAUGAAAGGAUGUUGUGUUUUGAUUGACACUGCUCUCUGCCAAUAGGAUGCCCUGACGGUUGUGGUGGAGGACCUGAGGCUGUGUUCAGUCAAACCCUGCGAGGAUGGAGAGAGGAGGUUCUGCUUCGAGGUGGUGUCCCCCACUAAGUAAGUGUGUGUGUGUGUGUGUGUGUGUGUGUAUACAGUACCAGUCAAAAGUUUGAACAUACCUACUCAUUCAAGGGUGUUCUUUAUUUUUACUAUUUUCUACAUUGUAAAAUAAUAGUGAAGACAUCAAAACUAUGAAAUAACACAUAUGGAAUCAUGUAGUAACCAAAAAAAGUGUUAGACAAAUCUAAAUAUAUUUUUGCCUUGAUGACAGCUUUGCACACUCUUGGCAUUCUCUCAACCAGCUUCACCUGGAAUGCUUUUCCAACAGUCUUGAAAGAGUUCCCACAUAUGCUGAGCACUUGUUGGCUGCUUUUCCUUCACUCUGCCGUCCGACUCAUCCCAAACCAUCUCAAUUUGGUUGAGGUUGGGGGAUUGUGGAGGCCAGGUCAUCUGAUGCAGCACUCCAUCACUCUCCUUCUUGGUAAAAUAGCCCUUACACAGCCUGGAGUUCAUUGUCCUGUUGAAAAACAAAUGAUAGUCCCACUAAGCCCAAACCAGAUGGGAUGGCGUAUCGCUGCAGAAUGCUGUGGUAGCCAUGCUGGUUAAGUGUGCCUUGAAUUCUAAAUAGAUCACAGACAGUGUCACCAGCAAAGCACCCCCACACCAUAACACCUCCUCCUCCAUGCUUUACGGUGGAAAAUACAUGCGGAGAUCAUCCGUUCACCCACACCACGUCUCACAAAGACACGGCGGUUUGAACCAAAAAUCUCAAAUUUGGACUCCAGACCAAAGGACACAUUUCCACCGGUCUAAUGUCCAUUGCUUGUGAUUCUUGGCCCAAGCAGGUCUCUUCUUAUUAUUGGUGUCCUUUAGUAGUGGUUUCUUUGCAGCAAUUCGACCAUGAAGGCCUGAUUCACACAGUCCCCUCUGAACAGUUGAUGUUGAGGUGUGUCUGUUACUUGAACUCUGCGAAGCAUUUAUUUGGGCUACAAUUUCUGAGGCUAGUAACUCUAAUGAACUUAUCCUCUGCAGCAGAGGUAACUCUGGGUCUUCCAUUGCUGUGGCGGUCCUCAUGAGAGCCAGUUUCAUCAUAGCGCUUGAUGGUUAUUUGAGCUGUUCUUGCCAUAAUAUGGACUUGGUCUUUUACCAAAUAGGGCUAUCUUCUGUAUACCCCCCUACCUUGUGACAACACAGAAUGUGCAAAGCUGUCAUCAAGGCAAAGGGUGGCUAUUUGAAGAAUCUCAAAUAUCAAAUAUAUUUUGAUUUGUUUAACAGUGUUUUGGUUACUACAUGAUACCAUAUGUGUUAUUUCAUAGUUUUGAUGUCUUCACUAUUAUUCUACAAUGUAUAAAAUAGUAAAAAAUAAAGAAAAACCCUGGAAUUAGUUGGUUUGUCCAAACUUUUGACUGGUACUGUAUGUGUGUGUGUGUGUGUGUGUGUGUGUGUGUGUGUGUGUGUGUGUGUGUGUGUGUGUGAAUAUGAUCAUUCGGUGUGUGUGUAUACAUGUUUGUGUGUGUGUGUGUGUAUAUAUAUAUAUAUAUACAUAUAUAAUAUAUAUGUGUGUGUGUGUGAAUAUGAUCAUUCUGUGUGUAUAUAUGUUUGUGUGUGUGUAUAUAUGUGUGUAUAUAUGUUUGUGUGUGUGUAUAUGUGUGUGUGUAUAUGUAUAUGUGUGUGUAUAUAUGUUUGUGUCCUCUCUCCCACUAGGAGCUGUAUGCUUCAGGCAGAGUCAGAGAAGUUACGACAGGCCUGGAUCCAAGCUGUACAGGCCUCCAUCGCCUCCGCAUACAGAGACAUAUCAGACAACUACUACAUCGAGGUACUGACUUGAACCUUAACCCUGGCCCUAACCUCAACUCUGACCCUAAUCCUAACAUUAACCCUGACCCUAAUCCUAACAUUAACCCUGACCCUGACCCUAACAUUAACCCUGACCCUAAUCCUAACAUUAACCCUGACCCUAAUCCUAACAUUAACCCUGACCCUGACCCUAACAUUAACCCUGACCCUAAUCCUAACAUUAACCCUGAUCCUAACCCUAACAUUAACCCUGACCCUAACAUUAACCCUGACCCUAAUCCUAACAUUAACCCUGACCCUAAUCCUAACAUUAACCCUGACCCUAACAUUAACCCUGACCCUAACAUUAACCCUGACCCUAAUCCUAACAUUAACCCUGACCCUAAUCCUAACAUUAACCCUGACCCUAACCCUGACCCUAACCUUAACAUUAACCCUAACCCUGACACUUACCCUAACCCUACAGAGAGAAAUCAGACAACUACUACAAUGAGGUACUAACUCUAACAUUAACCCUAACCUUAACCCUACAUAGGCACUUUCCCAUAGUCUCUCUAUGUGCCAAAAUACCACAUGGAAUAACAAUUAUUGUUCCUACCGAAAGCCUUUAGCUGGGACCCACCCACCAGCUGACCUAAAGCCUUUAACUAGGACCCCCCAAAGUCAGUGGGUUGGGUUUGGACCUCCCGUUUUGUAAACACUGAACUAGAACCAACCAUAACCUACUUUCUGUCUGUGUCUUCCCAUAACUGACUAAACUGACUAACCAUAACCACCCUCUGUUCUCGGUCUCUCGCUAGCGUCUGGACAGGACAGCCUCCCCCUCUACCAGCAGUAUAACUAACCAUAACCACCCUCUGUUCUCGGUCUCUCGCUAGCGUCUGGACAGGACAGCCUCCCCCUCUACCAGCAGUAUAACUAACCAUAACCACCCUCUGUUCUCGGUCUCUCGCUAGCGUCUGGACAGGACAGCCUCCCCCUCUACCAGCAGCAUAGACUCAGCCAGCGAGCCCCGGGGUGAGAAAGGGGGGAGAGGUGGUGAGGGCAGGGGGGAGAGCAUCCUCCACCGGGUGCAGAGCCUGCCGGGUAACGAGCUGUGUUGCGACUGCUCCCAGGCUGCACCCUGCUGGGCCUCCAUCAACCUGGGAGUCCUGCUCUGCAUUGAGUGCUCCGGCAUACAUAGGUAAACUACACCGCCCACAAUGCUACAGGUAGGGAACUACUAGACCAGGGAUACUCAACUCUGACCCUACGAGGUCCGGAGCCUGCUGAUUUUCUGUUCUAACUGAUAAUUAAUUGCACCCACCUGGUGUCCUUGGUCUAAAUCAGUCCCUGAUUAGAACACAGUGGAACUGGCUUUGAGGUCCAGAGUUGAGUUUGAGGGUGCUAGACUACAAUACCUACAGUGAACUAGACUAAAUUACAACGCCCUAAAUACACUUCUAUGCAUCAAGUGCUCCGACAUACACAGGUAAACGACACUACCCACAAUGCCACAGGUCGGGAACUAAAAACAACACUAGAAACAAUUGUCUGCAUUAAGGACUUCACAGAACCUAUAUAUCACGGGUGAGCAAUUUACAAAGGCUGCACCUUGUUUCUAACUAACUUCAGCCAGCCGUCACCUUUACACGGAUUGACUGGUGUUUACCCCACUUACGUCAGUUCAGUCCCCACCUGUGACACCACACCUGAUAGAGAACAGCCAAACAGCAGCGAGAGAGAGGACAUAGAACAGGUGAAAGUGACAGACGUCGUCACGAGACCUAAUCCCAAUUACAACUUAAUCUGUUUAAAACUAGUCCCUCCAUACCUUCACAGAUUACAGGCUACGCGACACACAUACUCUACUCAGAGUUUGGGAAACCCUACCGUACCUGACCUGUUUGGUCUCUCUCUCUCUCUCUCUCUGUGUGUGUUGUGUUGUCGUCUGCAGGAGUCUAGGGUUCACUGCUCCAAGGUGCGGUCACUAACACUGGACUCCUGGGAACCAGAGCUACUCAAGGUGGGUGUCUCUUCCUGCCUAGCUUCACCUUGCUGAGUCAAGAUAUGACGUAUUCCUUUCUAAGAAGCUUCUUGGGAUAUCUCGCCUCAUGUUUCCGGGUUAUGAAUUCCUCACCCUAAUUUCUCCUCUGCUAUCUCUCUCUUUGUCUCCAGUUGAUGUGUGAGCUGGGUAACAACGUGAUCAACCACAUCUAUGAGGGAGCCUGCGAGGAACUGGGAGUGAAGAAACCUGGACCCUCCAGUCCUAGGUGGGCAUUGGUUAGCAAGUUUGCCUAUGGGCUAGGAGACCCCUAAACAUGCCUAUGGGCUAGGAGACCCCUAAACAUGCCUAUGGGCUAGGAGACCCCUAAACAUGCCUAUGGGCUAGGAGACCCCUAAACAUGCCUAUGGGCUAGGAGACCCCUAAACAUGCCUAUGGGCUAGGAGACCCCUAAACAUGCCUAUGGGCUAGGAGACCCCUAAACAUGACAUAUACGGUGUUCCUUCUCUUCACUCCCCUCCUCCCCCCACCAGGCAAGAGAAGGAGGCGUGGAUCAAGGCUAAAUAUGUGGAGAGGCGUUUCCUGAAGAAGAUGAGAGCCAGUGACUCAUUGGUGGAAGGUGAGAGGAAGUCCCGCCCCUGGAGCGUGAAGAAGUGCCAGCGCCACAACGGCUCCAUGCGAGGAGCGCCCAAAACCCGCCGGAAAUACCGCCACGACCCCGGCUUGACUUCACCAGGAAACCUCUCCGCAGGUGACUGAACUCUCUCUCUCUCUCCUCUCCUUCCGCAGGUGACUGAACGUUUAAGUCAUGGGAAAGCUGUCCUACAUCUGUCUUGAAGGACAAUGAAACUAGAGAAAUAUCAAUUUAGCUGUUGUCGAAAGAGUAGUGAGGAAAGCAUGUGAUGCUGAACUGGUUUGCUCUGCCCAGCUCCCGUCACACCCUCGCACUUUAUCACCUUUUAAUUCUGUCAAAUAAAUAAUGAGAUCUGAGUUUGGAAACCUUUUUUGCAGGUGAUUUAUACUCUCCCUCUCCUUUAUGUCCUCAGCUGCAGCAGCAGCUAAGCUUCGGCGUGACUCUCUGUUCUGUCCCGAUGAGAUGGACAACCUCUUCUCCUACUUCGACACCGGCAACGGCACCCGCAGUAAGUCUGACCCAGAGUUAUAUAUGUGUGACUGUGGUCUGAUACGCUCCCCUGCCAACCAGAGAGAACAAACGGGGAUUAUGGACGUUUUUAGGGGCUGGAGAUGAGGCUUUAGAAGAAACUGUUAUGGGGUGGAGAUUAAGCUUUAGAGGAAACUGUUAUGGGGUGGAAAUUAGGCUUUAGAAGAAACUGUUAUGGGGUGGAAAUUAGGCUUUAGAAGAAACUGUUAUGGGGUGGAAAUUAGGCUUUAGAAGAAACUGUUAUGGGGUGGAAAUGAGGCUUGGUGCCAUAUGGGGGGAUUGGGGUCUGUAAGGUAGAUUGGGGUCAGUACUAGAUUGGAGAGACAUUAGGGUGACAGGGGGGUGUUUUAGGGAUUGAGAGGGUGCUAGAGGAAGGGGUGUUUAGGGGUUGUGUAGCUAGCUGGUGAGGAGACUGGUUUUGGGGUUGGCCGUGGAGGCAUUGUGGUGACUAACGUGUCCGUGGCUUGGCACUGGUUGGCCCUGCAGGUCUGAGCAGCGACAGUGGGCUGGGAGGCAGUACAGACGGGAGCACGGACAUCCUGGUGUUUGGCUCAGUGGUCGACAGCGUCACCGAGGAGGGUAAGUCACAGGAGCGUGUGUGUUGUUUGUGUCCUACUAGCUCUGUCUUUGUUGAGAAUUACUUUGAGGAAAAAUGUACAUACUGUGAGUGAGAUAUGUGGUGGUCCCACCUAGCUAUCUUGAGAUGAACUAACUGUAAGUCGCUCUGGAUAAGAGCGUCUGCUUAAUGACUCAAAACUGUGUCACGUGUCAGAAUAUACAGAUUGAAAGUAUGCAAAGGUUUAGCGCUAGUCGUAUUUCAGGACUUUGCCAAACUAUACAAGCCAGACUAACUGUCCUCUCUCUCUUUCUCCACCUCCCCCCACCACUCAUCUCCUUUUCUCCCUUCUCCCCCCCUCUCUCUCCCCCCCCUCUCUCUCCUUCAAAAGAGAGAGCAGGAGCACAAAAAGAGCGUCGGAAGGAGAACCAGAGAGAGGCCUUUCUCCCCAUCUCUCUUACGUCUACCCAUCUCUAUCCUUCGCCACCAGUAGUCUCCUUCUACCACCUCUCUCUCAGUAUACCACAUAGCUAGCAAUAUCCCCUAUAUCUGCCUCCCGCGCCUCCCUUUUCCCCCAGUAGAGUGUGAGUCAGAAGAGGAGGAGUCUAGUGGGGAGGUGGAGAUAGAGCAGGAGGCGGGAUCAGACCCUGAGAGCCCCUACCCCAUGGCAGGAGCCCUCCCCCGGGGGAGUUGCUCUACCGGUCGUCACGGCUACACAACCUGCCACUCAUGGCCGAGGCGUUGGCGCAUGGGGCAGAUGUCCGCUACAGCCAAGGAAAAGAGGAGGGACAAAGAACCCGCGCUGCAUACAAGGCCGUGGCAGGGGUGGGCAGAAUUCAUGCACGCGCUAUGUACCCUACAGACAUGCACACUAUACAUACCACAGGCGGCUGGUGGCACCUUAAUUAGGGAGGACGGGUUCAUAGUAAUGGUUGGAACAGAAUAAAUGGAAUGGUAUCCAACACAUGGUUUCCAUGGUUUCCAUGUUUGAUACCAUUCCAUUUACUCCAUUCCAGCAAUUAUUAUGAGCCGUCCUCCCCUCACCAGCCUGCUUUGAUACAUACACACAGUAUGCCAAUACACUCCCCCCCCUCCACAAAAAGAGAAGAGAAAAACCGAAAAAAAAAGAGAGGAAAAGAAGCAAAAAAAAGAGAGACACGAAAAACGACGAGAACAAAAAGAGAACUGAAACAUAAGGAAAAAAAAAAGAGCGCGAGUGAGAGAGCACCACUAUCUCUGCUCCACCCCCCCUCACACCCCCCCAACUCCUCUCCACCCAUCCACACCACUCUCUCUCCCCCCCUCCCACAACCACUCUUUCUUCUCCCCCGACCUCAACACCACUCUAACAUCCCCCGCACACCACUCUCAUAUCCCCCCUCCACAACCACUCGCUCUCCCCCCCAUCCACACCACUCUCUCUCUCCCCCCCUCCACACCACUCUCUCUCUCCCCCUCCACACCACUCUCUCCAUCCCCCCCCUCCACACCAAUCUCUCAUCCCCCCUCCACACCACUCUCUCUUCGGCUUUGAUACAUACACACAGUAUGCACGAGAAUACAGUAUGCCAAUACACACCCUAAGAUGACGCAAACAUGCACAUCCCUCUUGCCCUUCCCCCUCUCUCUCUCCACUUUCCCCACCACUCUCCCCCCCCCCACCCACUCACUCUCCCCCACCCCCCAACACACCAACCACUCUCUCUCUAUCUCUCUCUCUCUCUCCCUCUCACCUCCACACCACUCUCCCCCCCUCCCCACACGUCACUCGCUCUCCAACCUACCACACCUCUCUCAUCUCUCUCUCUCCUCUCUCCCCUCCAAUCACUUGCUCCCCCAUCCACACCACUCUCUCCCCCCUCCACACCACUUUCCCCCCCCACCCACCCACCACUACUCUCCUCCCCCUCUGCACUCUCUCUCUUCUCUACACUCUCUCUCUCUGCUCUCUGUCUCUCUCUCUCUUCUCCACCUCCACACCACACCACAACCACUCUCUCUCUCUCCUCUCUCUCUUCCCCUCCACUCCACACACUCUCCCCCCUCCACACCACUCUCUCUCCCUCCAUCACGUCUCUUUGCACCCCCCCCCCCCUAUCUCUCUCCACUCCUCUUGUCAGGGCUCUUAAUCGCGUGUGUGAGUUCCUGCUGCAGAAUGGGGCUGAUGUGAACCAGAGAGACAUGAGGGGGAGAGGACCCCUCCACCACGCUACCUACCUGGGACACACUGGGUAAGAGACAUUCAUUCAUCCCUAACCCCUAAAGGUGCUUACAGACGGGCCGCGGUAAGCGGCGAAGGUCACCACAAAACUAAGCCCAACCUUCCAAUGGGAGUAGGGGAGGCGGGCCUAAAAAACAAGCAAGAAGUUAAUGCAACGGCACCCAAAAUUGUGACGCACUUCCGUGAGGGCGCAUGGCACGGCGCUCGAGGGCACGAUAUUAAAUUAGGCUCAAAGUCUUGGACGGGGCCGCUGGCAUGGUUGACCAUACCCUUAUACCACGCUACAUACCUGGACCUUACAGGGUAAGAGAUCAUGCAUUCAUACCUAACCCCUACACCACGCUACCUACCUGGGACAUACAGGGUAAGAGAUUCAUUCAUUCAUCCCUAACCCCUACACCACACUACCUACCUGGGACAUACAGGGUAAGAGAUUCAUUCAUUCAUCCCUAACCCUACCCCACGCUACAUACCUGGGACAUUUACGGGUAAGGAUUCAUUCCAUUCCAUCCCUAACCCCUACACCACGCUCACCUCCUGGGGACCUACAGGGUAAGAGAUGCAUUCAUUCAUCCCUAACCCCUACCACACGCUACCUACCUGGGCCAUAAAGGGUAAGAGAUUCAUUAUUCAUCCCUAAACACCCUACCACCACGCACUACCUGGACAUACAGGGUAUUGAGGAUUAAUUCAUUCAUCCCUAACCCCUACACCACGCUACCUACCUGGGACAUACAGGGUAUGAGAUUAAUUCAUUCAUCCCUACACUACGGUACCUACUUUGUCACAUGCUUCGUAAACAACAGGUGUAGACUUACAGUGAAAUGCUUAGUUACGGGUUCUCCAACAAGCGGAAAGAAAUAUGAGAAAUAAUAGAAAAGCACAACACAAGGAAUAAAUAACAACGAGUAACGAUAACUGGGCUUUAUAUUACACCGGGAGGUAAGUUACUGAAGUCGAUGUGCAGGGGUACGAGGGUGUUAAUGGAGGGGUAGAUAUGUAACAUAUAGGUAGGUGGUUAAAGUGACUAGGCAUCAGGAUAGGAUCAAUAAAACGACAGUAGCAGCAGUGUAUGUGAUGGGUCAAAAGAUUGGUGCAAACAGGGUCAAUGGAUAGUUCUGGGUAGCUAUUUGGUUAACUCUAGCAGUUCUUAUGGCUUGGGGGUUCGACGAAGCUGUUCAGGGUCCUCCUGCUGGGGGGAUGGGUCCAGACUGGAUUAGUGUCCCCGCUCCUUGAAAGCGGCAGCUCUAGACUUUAGCUCAGUUGGCGGAUGUUGCCUGAACCAUGGCUUCUGGUUGGGGAUAUGUACGUACGGUCACUGUGGGGACGACGAAACGAUGCAUAUUAAUGAAGCCGGGUGACUGAUGUGGUUAUUUAAAACUCCUCCAAUGUUUAUCGGAUGAGUCCCGGAACAUAUUCCAGUCUGUGUUAGCGAAACAGUCCUGUAGAUUAGCAUGGGGUAAACAUGGGGGUACAGUCCUGUAGAUUAGCAUGGGGUAAACAUGGGGGGUACAGUCCUGUUGUAGUUAGCAUGGGGUAACAUGGGGGGUGAUAGUCUGUAGAUUAGCAUGGGUAAGGUAAACAUGGGGGGUAUAGUCUGUAGAUUAAGCAUGGGGAAACAUGGGGGUACAGGUCCUGUAGAUUAGCAUGGGGUUAAACAUGGGGGGGUACAGUCCGGUAGAGUGCCAUGGGGUAAAACAUGGGGUACAGUAAUGUAGAUUAGCAUGGGGUAAAAUGGGGGUACAGUCUGUGAUUGCAUGGGGUAAACGAUGGGGGGUAAAGUCCUGUAGAUUAGGCAUGGGGUAAAAACAUGGGGGGUACAGUCCUGUAGAUUAGGCAGGGGGUAACCAUGGGGGGUGGUACAGUCCUGGAGAUUAGCAUGGGGUAAACAUGGGGGGUACAGUCCUGUAGAUUAGCAUGGGGUUACAAACAUGGGGGGUAACAGUCCGAGAUUAGCAUGGGGUAACAUGGGGAGUACAGUCCUGUAGAUUAGCAUGGGGUUAAACAUGGGGUGUGGUAAAGUCUGUAGCGUAGCAUGGGGUAAACAUGGGGGGUACAGUCCUGUAGAUUAGCAUGGGGUAAACAUGGGGGGUACAGUCCUGUAGAUUAGCAUGGGGUAAACAUGGGGGUUGGGUACAGUCCUGUAGAUUAGCAUGGGGUAACAUGGGGUUACAGUCCUGUAGAUUAGCAUAGGGGAUAACAUGGGGGGGGGGGUACAGUCCUGUAGAUUAGCAUGGGGUAAACAUGGGGGGUACAGUCCUGUAGAUUAGCAUGGGGUAAACAUGGGGGUACAGUCCUGUAGAUUAGCAUGGGGUAAACAUGGGGGUACAGUCCUGUAGAUUAGCAUGGGGUAAACAUGGGGGGUACAGUCCUGUAGAUUAGCAUGGGUUAAACAUGGGGGGUACCGAGGACCUGUAGAUUAGCAGGGGUUAAACACGAGGGGUACAGUUCCUGUGAUUAGCAUGGGGUAAACAUGGGGGGGGUAGGGACAGUCUGUAGAUUAGCAUGGGUAAACAGGGGGGUACAGUCCUGGUAGAUUAGCAGGGGUAAACAUGGGGGGUACAGUCCGUAGAUUAGCAUGGGGGUCAAACAUGGGGGUACAGUCCUGUAGGUAGCAUGGGGGUUAAAACAUGGGGGUACAGGCCUGUGUAGAUUAGCAUGGGGAUAAACAUGGGGUAAGUCCUGGUAGAGUAGCAUGGGGUGGUAAAACAUGGGGGGGUACAGGUCCUGUAGAUUAGCAUGGGGUAAACAUGGGGGUACAGUCCUGUAGAUUAGCAUGGGGUAAACAUGGGGUACAGUCCUGUAGAUUAGCAUGGGGUAAACAUGGGGGGUACAGUCCUGUAGAUUAGCAUGGGGGUAAAACAUGGGGGUACAGUCUUGUAGAUUGCAUGGGGUUACACAUGGUGGGUACAGUCCUGUAGAUUAGGUAUGGGGAAACAUGGGUGGUACAGUCCUGUAUGAUUUAGCAGGGGGUAAACAUGGGGGUACAGUCCUGUAAUUAGCAGGGGGUAAACAUGCGGGGUAUAGUCCUGUGCACGACUAGCAUGGGGUGUAAGUAAACAUGGGGGGGUACAGUCCUGUAGAUAGCAGGGUAAACAUGGGGGGGUACAGUCCUGUAGAUUAGCAUGGGGUAGUAAACAUGGGGGUAUAGUCUGUAGGAUUAGCAUGGGGUGUAAACAUGGGGGUACAGUCCUGUAGAUUAGCAUGAGCUAAACAUGGGGGUACAGUCCUGUAGAUUAGCAGGGGGUAAAAUGGGGGUUACAGUCCUGUUAGAUUCGCUGGGGUAAACAUGGGGCGAUUAGUCAUGUAGUAGCAUGGGGUAAACAUUGGGGGGUAAAGUCCUGUAGAUUAGAAAUGGGGUAAACAUGGGGUACAGUUUCCUGUACGAUUAGCAAAAUUGGGGGUAACAUGGGGGGGUAUAGUCCUGUAGAUUAGCAUGGGUAAACAUGGGGGGUAUAGUACUGGGAAGAUUCGCAUGGGGUAACACAUGGGGGGGGUACAGUCCUGUAGAUUAGCAUGGGGUAAACAUGGGGGUACAGUCCUGUAGAUUAGCAUGGGGUAAACAUGGGGGGUAUAGUCCUGUAGAUUAGCAUGGGGUAAACAUGGGGGGUACAGUCCUGUAGAUUAGCAUGGGGUGAAACAAUGGGGGGUUACGUCUGUAGAUAGCAUGGGGUAAACGAUGGGGGUACAGUCCUGUAGAUUAGCAUGGUGGUGAAACAUGGGGGGUACAGUCCAUGUGAAGUAGCAUGGUGUAAACAUGGGGUGGUACAUCCUGUAGAUUAGGGCAUGGGGUAUAACAUGGGGUACAGUCCUUGUGCGAUAGCAUGGGGUUAAACAUGGGGGGGGGGGGGGUGGGGGGGUACCAGUCCGUAGAUAGCAUGGGGUAAACAUGGGGCGAGUUACAGCCUGUAGAUAGCAUGAGGGAACAUGGGGGGAGUACAGCUGGAGAGUAGCAUGGGGUAAAACAUGGGGGUACAAGUCCUGAGAUUAGCAUGGAGGGUAAAAACAUGGGGGGUACAACGGAUUUCAGACUUCCCUGCAUUAAAUCACCAGGGCCACUAGGGGCGCCGCCUCUGGAUGUGCAUUUCCUUGUUUGCUUAUGGCCCUAUACAGCUGUUUGAGUGUGGUCUUAGAGCCAGUAACGGUUUGUGGUGCUAAAUAUAGACGGCGAGGGAAAAAUAAUGGUAAAUAGUAUGGUGUGCAGCUCAUCAUGAGGUAUUCAGGCAAGCAAAAGCUCAAGACUUCCUUAACAUUAGAAAUCGUGCACCUGGGACACAGGGUAAGAGAUUCAUUCAUUCACACCUAACCCCUACACCACGCUACCUACCUGGGGGCACAGAGGGUAAGAGAUUCAUUCAUUCAUACCUAACCCCUACACCACGCUACCUACCUGGGACACAGGGUAAGAGAUUCAUUCAUUCAUCCCUAACCCCUACACCACGCUACCUACCUGGGACACAGAGGGUAAGAGAUUCAUUCAUUCAUACCUAACCCCUACACCACGCUACCUACCUGGGACACAGAGGUAAGAGAUUCAUUCAUUCAUCCCUAACCCCUACACCACGCUACCUACCUGGGACACAGAGAGGGUAGAGAUUCAUUCAUAUACCUAACCCUACACCACGCUACCUACCUGGGACACAGAGGGUAAGAGAUUCAUUCAUUCAUCCCUAACCCCUACACCACGCUACCUACCUGGGACACAGAGGGUAAGAGAUUCAUUCAUUCAUCCCUAACCCCUACACCACGCUACCUACCUGGACACAGAGGGUAAGAGAUUCAUUCAUUCAUCCCUAACCCCUCCACCACACGCUACCACUGGGACACAGAGGUAAGAGAUUCAUUCAUUCAUAGCUAACCCCUACACACCACGCUUACCUACCUGGGACAACAGAGGGUAAGAGAUUCAUUCAUUCAUCCUAACCCCACACACCACGCUACGACUACCCUGGGACAAGGAGGGAUAAGAGAUUCAUUCAUUCAUUACCUAACCCCUACACCACGCGACCUACCUGGGACACAGGAGGGUAAGAGAUUCAUUCAUCAUUCCCUAACCCAUUACACACGAUACCUACUGGGGACACAGAGGGUAAGAUAUUCAUUCAUUCAUCCCUAACCCCUACACCACGCUACCUACCUGGGACACAGAGGGUAAGAGACUACGACUAGGCUGCUGUUCCCUUCCUUCCUUCCAUCUUUUCUUGCAUCCAUCCUUGGUAUUUUAUUAGGAUCCCAAUUAGCUGUUGCGAAACCAUCAGCUAUUCUUCCUGGGUUUCACACAAAACAUGAAACAUAACAUAAUACAGAACAUUAAUAGACGAGAACAGCUCAAGGACAGAACUACAUAAAUUUAAAAAGGCACACGUAGCCUUCAUAUCAAUACAUACACACAAAAUAUCUAGGUCAAAUAGGGGAGAGGCGUUGUACCGUGAGGUGUUGCGUUAUCUGUUUUUUGAAACCAGGUUUGCUGUUUAUUUGAGCAAUAUUAGAUGGAAGGGAGUUCCAUGCAAUAAUGUCUCUAUAUAAUACUGUACACUUUCUUGAAUUUGUUCUGGAUUUGGGGACAGUGAAAAGACCCCUGGUGGCAUGUCUGGGGGUAAGUGUGUGUGUCAGAGCUAUGUGUAAGUUGACUAUGCAAACCAUUUGGAAUUUUCAACACAUUGUUUCUUAACAAAAGAAGAAGUGAUGCAGUCAGUCUCUCCUCAACUCUUAGCCAAGAGAGACUGGCAUAUUAAUAUUAACCCUCUGAUUACAAUGAAGAGCAAGAUGUGCCGCUCUGUUCUGGGCCAGCUGCAGCUUAACUAGGUCUUUCCUUGCAGCACUUGACCACACGAUUGGACAAUAAUGAAGAUAAGACAAAACUAGAGCCUGAAGGACUUGCUUUGUGUAGUGUGGUGACAAAAGUAGUGCAUCUCUUUAUUAUGGACAGACCUCUCCCCAUCUUUACAACCAUUGAAUAUCUCUCUCUCUCUCUCUCUCUCUCUCUCUCUCUCUCCUCUCUCUCUCUCUAUCUAUCUAUCUAUCUAUCUAUCUAUCUAUCUAUCUAUCUAUCUAUCUAUCUAUCUAUCUAUCUAUCUAUCUAUCUAUCUAUCUAUCUAUCUAUCUAUCUAUCUAUCUAUCUAUCUAUCUAGUCAGGUGUGUCUGUUCCUGAAGCGAGGGGCUUGUCAGACGGAGGUGGAUGAGGAAGGUCACGACCCUCUGAGCAUGGCUGUCCAGGCUGCUAACGCUGAUAUUGUUACGCUGUGAGUCAUACGUACAUCACACCACAGCUAUGCAUUUAGCCAACGCUCACACACACACCUCUGAGCAUGACUGUCCAGGCCGCUAAUGCGUACAUCGUUACUUUAAUAGUUGUUUUGCUCAGGAACACAGGAAAGUUCACCUAAAGUUCACAUAAAACAUCUGAAACCUCUUCAAAGAGAAUCUUAAAUAAUCCCACAGCACACCCCCCCCCCCUCGCUAAAUGACUAGAAUGUAAAAUGUUACCCAAACUUUUGUUAAUAUUACAAACUUUUGUUUCUCUCCUUCUAUAUAUUUUUUUACCCUACCGCUACCUCUCCAACCCUAUCCCCCCUGCUCCUACCUCUCCAACCCUAUCCCCCCUGCUCCUACCUCUCCAACCCUAUCCCUCCUGCUCCUACCUCUCCAAUCCUAUCCCCCCUGCUCCUACCUCUCCAACCCUAUCCCCCCUGCUCCUACCUCUCCAACCAUAUCCCCCCUGCUCCUACCUCUCCAACCCUAUCCCCCUGCUCCUACCUCUCCAAACCCUAUCCCCCUGCUCCUACCUCUCCAACCCUAUCCCCCUGCUCCUACCUCUCCAACCCUAUCCCCCUGCUCCUACCUCUCCAACCUUAUCCCCCUGCUCCUACCUCUCCAACCCUAUCCCCCCUGCUCCUACCUCUCCAACCUUAUCCCCCCUGCUCCUACCUCAUCCCCCUGCUCCUACCUCUCCAACCUUAUCCCCCUGCUCCUACCUCUCCAACCCUAUCCCCCCUGCUCCUACCUCUCCAACAUAUCCCCCCUGCUCCUACCUCUCCAACCCUAUCCCCCUGCUCCUACCUCUCCAACCCUAUCCCCCCUGCCUCCUACCUAUCCCCCUGCUUACUCUCAACCUAUCCCCCCUGCUCCUACCUCUCCAACCCUAUCCCCCCUGCUCCUACCUCUCCAACCCUAUCCCCCUGCUCCUACCUCUCCAACCCUAUCCCCCCUGCUCCUCCUACCCCUCUCCAACUAUCCCCCUGUCUCCUCCCCUACCUCCACCUCCCCCUGCUCCUACCUAUCCCCCUGCUCCUACCUCUCCAACCCUUAUCCCCCUGCUCCUACCUCUCCAACCUAUCCCCCUGCUCCUACCUCUCCAACCUAUCCCCCCUGCUCCUACCAUCCCCCCUGCUCCUACCUCUCCACCCUAUCCCCCUGCUCCUACCUCACUAUCCCCCUGCUCCUACCUCUCCAACCUAUCCCCUCCCCUGCUCCUACCUUCCCCCUUCCCACCACUACCCCUGCUCCACCUCAUCCCCCUCUCCUACCUCUCCAACCUAUCCCCCUCUACCUCCAUCCCCCUCCUACCUCCAACCUAUCCCCCACGCCCUACCUCCAACCUUAUCCCCCUACCUCUAUCCCCCCACCCUCUCCCUUUCCUCCAUCGCGCUCUCCCUCUCUCUCUCUCCCAGGUUGCGGUUAGCACGGAUGAACGAGGAGAUGCGCGAGGCGGAGGGUCCAUUCGGUCAGCCAGGUCAAUACCCCUGCAGCUCCCCCACUGAACAGCAGUACAGGAAAUGUAUUCAGGAGUUUAUCUGCCUCACCAUAGACUACUGCUAGGGGGCGACACUGAGGCAGACCAAACAUAGUUGCAUCCCAAAUGGCACAUAGGGCUCUGUCCAAAGUAGUACACUACGUAGGGAAUUAUGGGCCCUGGUCAAAAGUAGUGCACUACUUAGGGAAUAGGGUGCCAUCUGGAAUACAGCUUAGCCACUAUCAACAGGGCAUAUCAUAUAGGGCAGAGUAGUAGGAUGAAGUUGCCCUUAGAAAAACUGGUCUGGAGUCAGUUUUGCGUUGCUACCGUAAGUGGUUAGGGUUAUGAUUUUGUAGAGGAUAAAGCUGAUUCUAGAUCUGUGUCUAAGAGCAACUUCUACUGGGAGUGUGUGUGUAUAGGGCAUUUCUGUGGAGAGAAGAUGAGCGAGAUGACUGUAAGUCGCUUUGGAUAAAAGCGUCUGCUAAAUGGCUUAUUAUUAUUAUUAUUAUUAUUAUUAUUAUAUUAUUAUAAGUGAAACUAGGCUCUACUGACUGUACUGCAGAUGAACGGCAUUUUGACUUAUAUUUCCAACAACGUUCCUCUCUUCUUUGCUAAUCUGGUGUCCACAUCCAGAUCUUUUAACCACAUAGCUACCGGCUUUCCACACCGUCCGCUGUCGUCCAUCCAUCCUAGAAAUGGAGUGAAACGCAGUGUAUCCGGCUGUUCCUAAUACUCUGCCUGUGGUUCUCACUGUCAGGCCCAUUACUCUCUGUACUGCUCAACGUUCCUGCCUCUGGGACACUAUUAGAAGAAGAAGAAAAAAGGUGCUAGUCCCGUGUAUCUCAGCUGGUAGAGCGUGGCGCUUGCAUACGCCAGGGUUGUGGGUUCGUUUUCCCACGGGGGGGGGGGACCAGUAUGAAAAAAUUUAUGCACUCACUAUAACUGUAAGUCGCUCUGGAUAAGAGCAUCUGCUAAAUGACGUAAAAUGUAAAAUGUAAAAUGUGCUAUCUAGGUACCGUUAAGGGUUAUUCGGCUGUCCCCAUAGGAGAGCCCUUUGAAGAACCCUUUUUAGUUCCAUGUAAAACCCUUUCCACUGAGGGUUCUACCUUGAACCAAAAAGGGUUUUCCUGUGGGGACAGUGUAGCAUUACCUUCCCUCUUCCGCCCUCUCUUACCAGUAAGGACCUAAGCUUCCACGGAGCUCUUCGCCUUUUAAGGAGUCUUUACAAUAUUAAUUCUACAGGGCGGCAGGUAGCUUCGUGGGUAAGAGCGUUGUGCCAGUAACCGAAAGGUCGCUGGUUCUAAUCCCCGAGCCGACUAGGUGAAAAAUCUGCCGAUGUGCCCUUGAGCAAGGCACUUAACCCUAAUUGCUCCUGUAAGUCGCUCUGGAUAAGAGCGUCUGCUAAAUGACGUAAAUGUAAAUGUGUUCUAUUCAGCAUUUUACAGUGGUUUAGAACAUUAUAUUAUAGAGUGUUCCAGUGUUCUAUUCCAGAAUUCGAUAGUACCAUGAUAAUUUAUCAGCGGCCCAUUGUGUUAUAAUUAAUUACAAUCUGUCGAUUAGAAAUAACGUCAUCAUGAUUACAGUAUGUCCAUAACUCUGUAUUCCUUAAAAGGUUAAAGCUGGUCUGAAAAGGAAGCCAUUAGGCCUUAUAUCUUCUGAUGGGAGAUAUAUGCUAGAUGUAAUUCAGUGGCUAGAUGUGCAGGCCCAUGUUCCAACUGUUGUUCCGUAGUGGCAUGAGGUUACAGUGAUCUGGGAUGGGUGGUGUGUGUAUGUUACAGGAAGUUCCCCUGCGUUAGUCUGUGAAGGUGGGGUCGUCAUUGGUUUACUGUGUGUAAUUGGGAGGGAGGGAUGGAGGGGUGAAGUGGUAAAACUGAUGAGAAUACUGAAGGACUGAUGGAGAAAGAAACAGAUACUGUAGAGUGAGUGAGUGAGGUGAGUGAGUGAACGAGAGAAUGGACGAGUGCAUGUGUGAGGAUGUCUCAGAAAUGAAAUGCUAUAAUAUUAUUAUUACGAUGAUACCUUCAUGUAAAAAAAAAAAAAAAAAAAAGAUAUAUUCAACUGUGGACUUUUCACUUUUCCUUCCUACAGUAAUGUGA